AUGCCUUCUUCUCGAUCGCCAUCACCUUCGCCUCCACCUCGUUAUAGACGUGAUCGGUCACGUUCUCCUUCUUACUCAAGACGUCGUCGAUCACCUUCAACUCCACCAAGGCGACGUCACUACCGCGAUCGCAGCGACAGCCGUGAUCGUUCUACUAGAAGACGACGAUCACCACCACGAUAUGAUCGUUAUAACGAACAGCAACAACACCAAGACGCCAUUGAGGGCGUUCCUCAGUUACCCGAUGAAACAUACACUGAAUAUCGCAUGCGAGCAAGAGACAGCAGUACGAGAACAAUUUGGGCCGCUUCGCCCGAACGACGACGAUCUGUAUCACCAGAAGAAAAACCCAAACGCAAGCGCCGAUCGGCAUCUGUGGGCGACGACGAUUCGGACGAUAGCGAAGAAGAACGUCGAAGACGACGACGAAAGAGUAAAAAGUCCAAAAAGAAGAAAUCGUCGUCAUCGAAAAAGAAGAGAAGACGGUCAGUUACUCCUUCCGAAUCCAAUUCGUCGGGAGGGGAAGAAGAGGAGGAAAAACAUCGUCGUCGUCAUAGUCGAAGCCAACAGCGUUCGGAUAGUGAAGAGAAUGAUAAAGCAAAAAGACGUCAAGAUGGAGAAGACAGCAAAGACGAAGAAAAGGCACAGGAUGAGAUUGAGGUGGAUCAGUCUCAGUUGGAUGCUGUACAAGACUUGUGGGUUGAAAAGCAAGUGGAGAUACCUGAUGAUGCAACCGCAGUUGGACCCGUCAUGUUGCCCAAGGAUGAAGAUAUGCCUGAUGAAAGAGCUUAUGGUGGUGCACUGUUGCCUGGUGAAGGUUCGGCUAUGGCAGCGUAUGUCCAACAAGGCAAACGUAUUCCUCGUCGUGGUGAAAUUGGUCUAUCGGGCGAUCGCAUUGCCGAUUUCGAAACUGCUGGUUUUGUGAUGAGUGGUAGCAGACAUCAACGCAUGAACGCAGUUCGUCUUCGUAAAGAAAACCAGGUCAUUUCGGCCGAAGAAAAGCGUCUGUUGUUGCAACAUGCUCAGGAAACAAAGAUGAAGCGUGAAAAUGAAAUCAUAUCCGGAUUCAGAGAAUUGUUAAGCGACAAGUUUGGCGAAGAAAGACAAUAA